AUGGUUUCCAGUGUGUUUGCGGUCGCCCUUGCGGCGUCAGCAGUUCAAAUGGCGACUGCACGACCGGCAGAUGCUUCUAUUAAUGUCGUCGGCGGGACAGAGGACGACGGGAGCCAGGUUCCUUUUAUUGUUGCUCUGCAGAGAGAGGUACAGGGGAAGCCACAAUUCUUUUGCGGCGGCUCACUUAUGCGCAACCAAUUUGUCGUCACGGCGGCUCAUUGUGUCAAUAGUCUAAAGACGACUAAAGGUUUGACCAUUCGCGCCGGAUCGCUAUCCCCAGACAAGGAUGGCACUGUAGUUCCAGUAGCUUCUAUUUUCGUUCACCCCCAGUUUGACCCCGAGAGAAUCAACAAUGAUGUUGCCGUCUUGAAGCUACAGAAUCCAGUAGGCGGCAAUCAGUCGGAGAGCCAAGCCACCUUGCCGGCGGAUGGCUCUGACCCUGAACCGGGAUCUCGGGCAAGCGUACAUGGCUGGGGAGCAAAGAAAGAAGGUGGAGACCCUUCUAAGACAUUGCUAACAGCUGAGUUCCCGGUAAUAAGCCGUGCUGAUUGCCAGGCAGCAAGUGAAAGCCUGCGGGGCUUAGUGAAUGAGAAUAUGUUUUGCGCCGGUCUGCUGGAAGGUGGCAAGGAUGCUUGCCAGGGAGACAGUGGUGGUCCAAUAAUUGAUUCAAACAACGUUUUGAUUGGCGUCGUGUCAUUUGGCGACGGUUGUGCCAGACCCAAUAAUCCUGGUGUCUACACCAGACUGGGGAAAUAUGUCAACUUUAUUAAUCAAAUUACGGGGGGUUCUGGGUCAAAUGGCGGCUCUGGGUCAAAUGGCGGCUCUGGGUCAAAUGGCGGCUCUGGGUCAAAUGGCGGCUCUGGGUCAAAUGGCGGCUCUGGUUCAAAUGGUGGUUCUGGGUCGAAUGGCGGCUCUGGUUCAAAUGGUGGUUCUGGGUCGAAUGGCGGCUCUGGUUCAAAUGGUGGUUCUGGGUCGAAUGGCGGUUCAGGAUCAAACGGCGGUUCAGGAUCAAAUGGCGGCUCUGGCUCAAAUGGCGGCUCUGGUUCAAAUGGUGGUUCUGGGUCGAAUGGCGGUUCAGGAUCAAAUGGCGGCUCUGGUUCAAAUGGCGGCUCUGGUUCAAAUGGUGGUUCUGGGUCGAAUGGCGGUUCAGGAUCAAACGGCGGUUCAGGAUCAAAUGGCGGUUCAGGAUCAAAUGGCGGCUCUGGCUCGAAUGGUGGUUCUGGGUCGAAUGGCGGUUCCGGUUCAAAUGGCGGCGGCUCUGGUUCAAAUGGCGGCGGCUCUGGUUCAAAUGGCGGCGGCUCUGGUUCAAAUGGCGGUUCCGGUUCGAACGACGGUACUGGUUCAAAUACUGACUCUGGAUUGGAUCCUAUUAUUAUUCCGUUUAAUCCAAACAGUGGUUCUGGGUCGAAUGGUGGUUCUGGGUCAAAUAGUGAUUCUGGAUUGAAUGGUCCUUCUGGAUUGAAUGGUGCUGGAUCGAAUGGUGGUUCUGGAUCAAAGGGCUCAGGAUCAAAGGGUUCAGGAUCAAAUGGUUCUUUUGGGUCCAAUAGUGGUUCUGGUUCGAAGGGUAACUCUUUCUAG